AUGGCAGAGGAAAACCAGAGAGAGCUUUGUGUGGUCAUGUUUCCGUGGCUUGCCCACGGUCACAUAGCGCCCUUCGUCCAGCUCGCCAAAAGCCUGGCCACUCAUGGUCUUAAAAUUUUCUUCGUCUCAACCCCGCUGAAUAUUAAACGAAUCAGACCGCAAAUGUUCGAUGCACCGGGGAUAGAUCUGGUGGAGUUGGCGAUGCCCUCCGUGGAGGGACUGCCAGCUGGGGUAGAAUCAACCGCAGAUGUUGGCAAAAGAGGAGAAGCGCCAGUCCUAAUCCCUUUGCUCAUAGCCGCCAUGGACCUUUUGGAGAAACCCUUUGAAGCGCUAUUGAAACAGCUCUUACCCGACUUUGUAAUCCACAAUUUGGUGCAGCCCUGGGCUCCUCGUGUGGCCAAUCCCAUUCCCACAAUGCUAUUCCUCAUAUUGGGAGUGGCGAGCUUCAGCUUUGAGCAAGGGCAGCUGGACAGCGCACUGGGAAACCCAACUGUCCAGGACCUCACUCGUUGUCGACAGGGCCAGCAUCUGCGUGCGGGAGAGUCGGGCAGUGGUGUGCAAUACGUGUUUGGAGUUGGAAGGGGUAUACGUCGAGUAUUUGCAGAGGCUCGUGAAGCGGCUAGUCGAGUGCGUUCUAACCCAGCAGGAGCUUGCCGCAAUGGCAAUGGGUUUGGUGGAAAGCAGUGUGUCGUUCCUCUGGGUUCUGCCUGCCGGAAACGAGUUGCUGCAAGGCUUCUAAGAUCAGAUCGGGAAAAAGGAUUGGUGGAGACAAAGUGGGUUCCACAGUUAGAUAUUUUGAAUCCUCCUUUUACAGGUGCCUUUUUAACUCACUGUGGAUGGAAUUCAAUGACAGAAGGGUUAAGCUUUGGGGUACCACUUAUAAUUCUUUCGAUGCAAUUUGAGCAAGGGUUAAAUGCAAAGCUUGCAGAAAAGCUUAAGGUGGGAGUGGAAGUGAGAAAAAAUGAAGAGGAUGGAUCUUUUACUAAAGAGGAUAUUAGUAAAGCAAUUAAAGUCAUAAUGAUAGAAGAAGAAGGAGCACAAAUCAAAUACAAUGUCACAAAUAUAAGUGACAUGUUGACUAGCAAUAAUUUCCAAGUUAGUGAAAGAAACAUGCGGAACUUUGUCUCCACACUUAGAACCUUCAAUAAAUAA